AUGACUACGAAGGAUUUUGCUCCGGUCUCAAGCGAUGGCGCUAGAGAAAAUAAUAAAGUGGAGACUCUCAUAGAAUCCACGAUGGUAAAGAAUUCGCACGUACUUGCCAGAGUUAUAGGAACAGAUUACACAUAUAGACACAAAAUCGUGUGGAAGAAUGCAAUAGGAUUUUUAAUUCUACACAUGUUAGCAAUAUGGGGCUUAUUUAUUUUUAUUACCGGAGGUGUAUCCCUUAAGACAAUGCUGUGGUCCUUACUUAUCCUUUUUGUAAGUUCUGAAGGCGUCACUAUCGGUGCUCACAGAUUAUAUACCCAUAAAUCUUUCUCGGCGACUCCGUUACUUCGAGCAUUUCUCUUGCUAUUUCAAACCAUUGCAGGACAGAAUUCGAUGUACAUUUGGUGUCGAGAUCAUCGCCUUCACCAUCGGUACUCCGACACAGACGCCGAUCCCCAUAAUUCUAAGCGGGGCUUCUUCUUCUGUCACAUUGGAUGGUUGAUGUCAAGAAAGCAUCCGUAUGUUAUCGAAAUGGGUAAGAGGAUUGAUAUGAGUGAUCUAGAAGCGGACUGGAUGGUAAUGUUCCAAAAAAAAUAUUACUAUCCACUCUACAUGAUAUUUGCAUUGUUUAUUCCGGUUUGGGUGCCCAUACAAUACUUCGGAGAAACGUUUUGGAACUCACUUCUUGUGUGUUACUUCUUUCGCUAUCUCUUGGAAUUAAAUGGAGCAUGGCUUGUUAAUAGCGCUGCACAUCUAUAUGGAACUAGACCUUAUGACAAGAAUCUUCAACCAGUGGAGUCCUGGUUUGUGUCCUUUUUAACUUUUGGAGAGGGCUGGCACAAUUAUCAUCACGCAUUCCCUUGGGACUACAAAGCAGCUGAACUCCCUACGCACUUUAAUACGUCGGCUGUUAUCAUCCAAAUGUUUGAAAAACUAGGCUUGGCAUAUGAUUUGAAGACCGUCUCACCAGAAAUGGUUGCAAAAAGAAUUUUCCGAACGGGCGAUGGUACACAUUAUGCCUUUGGAAACGAUGAAGCAAAAGCCGCAGUGACAGCUAUCGGUCCCUUGCAUCCUCUCAACCCGUCUUAUACUACGAAGUAUAAGGCACCAAAAGCCACUUUAGAAGAUCAAGGUUUACCAUUAUUUCACGAAAUGGAUUUAAUAAAUAUUAGCUCCAAAACAAAUAAUAGAAAUUCUACUAAAGCGUAG